AUGCUUCGAGGUUUGAGUUCAUUACGAUAUAGCUCUUCGAGAUUGCAAUAUAGACAUCGUUUUCACACAUGUCAGUCAUGGAAACAAGCAGCCAUCGCAGCAGAUAUACCAGUACACAAGGAGUUUGAUGUGAUCGUCAUCGGAGGUGGACAUGCUGGAACAGAGGCUUGUGCUGCAGCAGCUAGAUCCGGUGCAAAGACACUGCUGUUGACGCAAAACAAGGACACCAUUGGGGAAAUGUCAUGCAAUCCUUCAUUUGGAGGUGUUGGAAAAGGUGUGCUUGUCAGAGAAAUUGAUGCUCUGGAUGGUGUCUGUGGUCGCAUUUCCGAUCUUGCCGGCAUACAAUUUAAGGUUUUGAAUAAAUCAAAAGGACCAGCAGUUUAUGGACCAAGAGCACAAAUUGAUAGAAAACUUUACAAAAAACACUUGCAAUUCUAUCUGAAAGACUACCCAAAUCUGACCAUUCAGUCAGGAAGUGUGUCAGACCUUGUGCUAAAUGAGAGUGUCACAGAAGAGGAACAGCAAAGGAUGGCUUCCAAGGGUGCUUCUCAAAUUGUGAAGGGUGUUAGACUAGAGAAUGGACGAGUCAUCCGAGCAUCCAAUGUCAUCAUUACCACAGGCACGUUUUUGGGAGGAGAAAUUCAUCUUGGUCUCAAAGUAUGGCCUGCUGGUAGAAUUGGCGAGAAUCCCUCCAUUGGAUUAUCGAAUUCAUUGAAAUCUGCAGGCUUCCAGUUGGCUCGAUUAAAGACAGGCACACCGGCAAGAUUGGAUGGAAGAACAAUUAACUAUGAAGGGCUGAUCAUUCAAGAGGGAGAUAACCCUCCAUCACCAUUUUCGUAUUUAAACACAACAGUGCCUCAUGCUGAUCAUCAAAUCUUGUGCCAUCAAACACGCACCAACCCUCAAGUGCACAAAUACAUUGCGGAUCAUUUCGACCAGAGUAUACACAUCAGAGAGACAGUUAAGGGCCCUCGUUAUUGCCCUUCGCUUGAAAGUAAAAUUAAACGAUUCAGCACCAAAGAAGCUCACAAUAUUUGGCUGGAACCAGAAGGACUCGAUACACCCGUAGUAUAUCCCAAUGGCAUAUCAAAUACAAUGCCUGAGGAUGUUCAGUUGAAUUUUUUGCGAAUGAUUCGUGGAUUGGAAAACGUAGACAUGUUGAAACCUGCAUACGGCGUGGAAUAUGAUCACAUUGAUCCUAGAGAGUUGAGAUCCACUUUGGAGACAAAGCGUAUCAGUGGUCUGUUCUUGGCAGGACAAAUCAAUGGUACUACGGGUUAUGAGGAAGCAGCUGCGCAAGGUAUCAUGGCUGGUAUCAAUGCUGGAUUGCAUGCUCAGGGCAAAGCACCUUUCAUCUUGGACAGAUCAGAUGCAUACAUUGGUGUAUUAAUAGACGACUUGAUUACUAAGGGCGUUGAGGAGCCUUACCGAGUGUUCACAGCUAGAUCCGAAUAUAGACUAUUGCUGAGAGCUGAUAAUGCGGAUACGAGGUUGACGGAGAAGGGUUAUGAGGCUGGAGUGAUUGGCCAAGAACGAUGGGAACACUAUCAAUCGUCGUCCAAAGCGUUGAAGUCUGCCAUGGAUGCAUUGCAAAGCCUCAAAAUGCCAGCAAAACGUUGGGCGGAACACGAUAUUAGUCCCAGCACUCGGGUGUCUACAGAUCACCUCAAUGACCAUGGUGCAUUACGAAGUGGUAUGGAUCUUCUGACUUGGCCAAAUGUUACAUUGGAGCAGUUCCAAGACUUGCUGCCAGAACUUAAGCAUUUGGAAUCUUCACUAAAGGAGCGUGUCAUGAUUGAAGGCCGAUACAAGCCUUUUUUGAAGAGACAAGAGCUUGAAGUAGCAGCGCUUAAGCGUGAUGAGCAUUUGACGCUGGACAUCAACCUAGAUUAUCUACAAAUGGAUCAGCUUUCUAAUGAAGUGCGUCAAAAGCUAGCCGAGGUGCGUCCCGAGACCUUGGGUGCAGCCAAGCGUAUUGAAGGCAUGACACCAGCUGCAAUGGUUGUCUUGAUGAAGUAUGCAAAGAGAACAUACAACAGAAAGGUGUUUGUCAAUUAG